AUGACAGGAGUAUUUGACAGAAGGGUCCCCAACAUCAGAUCCGGCGACUUCCAGACUCCUUUUCAGACGGCUGCAGCCAUGCACCACCCGUCCCAGGAAUCUCCCACUUUACCCGAGUCGUCGGCUACGGAUUCCGACUACUACAGCCCGGCGGGGGGAGCCCCGCACGGCUACUGCUCUCCUACCUCGGCUUCCUACGGAAAAGCGCUCAACCCUUACCAGUAUCAGUACCACGGCAUGAAUGGAUCUGCCGGGAACUAUCCUGCCAAAGCCUACGCAGACUACAGCUACGCCAGUCCCUACCACCAGUACAGCGGGGCUUACAACCGCGUACAGAGCUCCGGCAGCCAGCCAGAGAAGGAGGUGGUGGAGCCCGAAGUGAGGAUGGUGAACGGCAAACCAAAGAAAGUGCGAAAACCCCGGACUAUUUAUUCCAGCUUUCAGCUGGCGGCGUUGCAGAGGAGGUUUCAGAAGACCCAGUACCUGGCCCUGCCCGAGCGGGCCGAGCUGGCCGCUUCCCUGGGGCUCACGCAGACACAGGUGAAAAUUUGGUUUCAGAAUAAAAGAUCCAAGAUUAAGAAGAUCAUGAAGAACGGGGAGAUGCCUCCAGAGCACAGCCCCAGCUCCAGCGACCCCAUGGCCUGCAAUUCUCCACAGUCGCCUGCGGUUUGGGAACCUCAGGGCUCAUCCCGCUCCCUCAACCACCAUGCCCACGCACAUGCUCACCCUCCAAACUCCAACCCGUCCCCUGCAUCCAGCUACCUGGAGAGCUCCGCUUCCUGGUACCCCGCUGCCAACUCUAUCAACUCCCACCUCCAGCCCCAUGGCUCCCUACAGCACCCAUUAGCACUGACCUCUGGGACAAUUUAUUAG